AAGCUGAUCACUGAAAAAACAUAACACAUAAGGCGGUUGUACACGUGCACGAAGCUGGCUAGCGCUCAUACCUCAUCGGCAGACUAUCAUGUACGCAUUGAUGAAAUAAUAAUAAUAUGUCUCACUCGCUGCUGGCCGCAAUGGCACAUGAGGAACUCUUUUGCUAUCGUUGAGUUUGCACUCAAAUAGCUUUGCUUGUUGAUGUUUGGUAACCAGUAAUUGCAUUAUUGCACUGCCGUAUUUUAAUUCUGCACUAUUUUAAGACCAUUUCUUAUUCAUUUUUGACCACAUUUAUUAUACAUGCACGCGAGCACCACUUUCCGCCGUUGUGAUAUACUGAACUUGCAGAAGUUUUGCUAUAAAUUAACGUUAACCGAAACAUGGCGAUACCGGUCGUACAGCGGUUCCUCCGGCUGUGUAGUGUGGUUGCACUGAUCAACUCCGGCAGUGCUCUCAUCCAGGUGUACAUGGGACACAACGCCACAGGUUCCUGGGAUGCGGUCUACAGGAUUUCCAGUCACUAUCAGUCCAUUGUCGGCCAGCGUAUCGACAGCACCCCGAAUUACCUCCAAGUUGCCGAUCCGGAGAACGCAUGCAACUUCGAGCAUCUUAGUCCCGCGCACGAUGUCCGGGAGGAGAACGUUAACCGGCUUUCGUUCUUCUUGCUGGCAGAUGACACACCCUGUCCUCGGCAAACGGGGCGCUGGGAUUAUGCCGACAGUGGCGUCACAACGAAGAUCUUUAACGCCCAAAGAAGAGGCUACAGCGGCAUUAUCGUCUACGCCGAUAUGGCGAUGGAAGGACCGUCUCCGUCCAAUCGGGAUGGUUGGCAGUACAAGUUGUGGCUGGCCAAGAGCCGGACCAAACCUUUCCCGAUGAAGAUACCUGAAAAGUUUAUCGACCAAAUAGGGAUCGCGGUGCAUUUUGUCGGAUACGACUACGGAAUGCAGCUCAAAACAUUCGCAUACAAUGCGUCAUCACCAACGCGGUACGGCGAGCGCAUACGUAUGCUGCAUUUCACGGCCUUAUACUCAUACCGGCUCAGCUUUACUUCGGUGCUGAACUACGAGUACCAACCAGUCUCUACCGUCGAUCCUGUUAACCGAAAUUUCUUGGCGCCGGUAAACGGGCCGCAAACUCACAUCUCUUUUGUGAGCGAUCCAUCCUCGCAAAUUUCUGAGCGGUCAGAAUCCAACCAGAAGAUGAUAUCCUUGGUUACUUCCCUCCUUUCUGUCGUCAGCUUUAUUGCCGGCACGCUUUUCUGCUUCGUCCGCUGUCGAGGUCGCCAGCGCACCGCUCGGGAAGCACGCAAAAAGGCAGUUGAACAGGCUGUGGCGGCUCAAACUUUAGCGCAGGCCGCAGCCGAUGAGGAGGUCGCUGGUAUAUUAGCGCUUCGCCAACAACAAGUGCGACAGUUUAUUGAAGCUUUCAUGGCUCGCAACCCCACAGCUCGGGAAAGCGCUAGUAUUCCGCUAAAACCGCAGGAAUUACGCCAGCUCAAACAGGUCACGGUAUCCGCUGAAUCGGCCGAUAUCUGCCUACCUUGUCAGCAGAAUUUUAUAAUCGGCGAAAUGAAGACCGUUCUGCCCUGUUCGCACGUCGGCCAUCCGGCGUGCUUGACGACUUGGCUGAUAACCUGCUCGCGAAACUGUCCGGUGUGCAAAAGAGCCGUUCUAACAGAACCUGGAGUUAAAAUGAAGAAGGAUCGCCGCAUUGGCACUCGUAGUCCCGAUAUUUCGGCUUCUGUGCUCCAAAAGUGAAAACAAUUUCUCUUUUAAUGUGUAUAAAAAAUAACUUUCCUUGUUAGUGCUCAUUCGUAAACGACUUGGCCGACAAGGCUAUACAAACUCCUUCAAAUACGAAAUGGAUUUUUUCUCGGGCUUCUGGCUUUAGUUUAGGCAUAGUUUUACGAAAUCUUUUACCCAGGAUGAUGUUACAUGUAGACACGCUUAUAUUUUACGUACCCUGUUCUAGCUUUUCAACUUUAGAAGUCAUCUUGUAUGUACCAAGUACUUCCUCUGUUUUGCCUUCAUACUUUUGAGCAUUUGAGCCACCAUUGAGUUUUUCUAUCUUUCUGUAUGCUUGUGUGCUCAGCGGCAUGCAGUGCUUGAUCAUUAAGCGACCAGAAAAGUUCAACCGUCG